AGAGAGGAAGUAGUCAGUUGUAGACGAAUGCUUAUGUCACCGGCAGAAGUGGAGUAUACAUCCCCCACAGACAAACACACGCAGACUCACACGCUCAAUGGUUUACCACGCUCUUUGGCAUUCUCUGUCUCUCAGCACCUCGGCACCUUUCUCUGGUCGGCGGCCACAGAAACUCACACAGAGACACUGAACAAACACCGUCCGCUGUAAUCCACCGAGCAGUCAGACCGAGCAGCGGUGCCUACAGGGCUUGUUGUCCUCGAGAUGGAAAACAAAAGUGAUGUUAGGGCCAUCAUGGCUCGCUUCCAAGCGAGUGGAGCGAGCACUGACGAGACUUCCUCCACACCCGCUGGACGUGGCAAACAGCCCCUGCACCCCACCCUCUCCUCUGGCCCGACCCCACAUAGGAAACCUGUCCUGGAGAGCCUCUCGGGCAGUGCCAUAAAUGUUCCUCCAAAACCAACUUUCCUGAAAAACACAGUAUCCACGAAAAGUGACACAGACGCACAUGAGCCGAGCAAAGCCAAGGCCCUGGCCAGCAGGUUUUCUAGCGCCCAGGAUGACACCAACAACAAACCUUUCACUGUUAAUAAGCAGCACACACCCGUGAAGCCACCUUUUUCACAGGCUCCUGAAACCAAAGGCCUCGGACCUAAGCCUCCUCUCAACAAACCCUCCCUCAGCUCCACCCUGUCUGAAUCCAAACCUGCCUUUCCUAAACCCGCUCCAGUACUCAGCUCCAAGCCUAGCUGGGUGAAAGAGGACAGUAAUGGGGGUGCAGCAUUAAACACCAGUUCCACGCCACCCAAAAUACCUAAUCUGCAACAAAAACCGACCAGCAGCAUCGGAAAAUUACGGCAGCACGUCGACGAAGCGGAAGGAGCAAACACAGACGCUGCGAACAAACCUUCACCUUUUGCUAACUCUACUUUUAAAGGCCCCUCCAACUUUCGAACUGCUCAGAACAUGUUCAACAAGGAGAAGGACAAGACUGAGCAGGCAGACGGCGGCGUGGUCAACAAACCGCCCCUUACUGCUACUAAAUCCAUUCCACCUCCCAAACCUCCAGUCAAUAAAAAGCCCAGCCUGAGGAAGCCACCAAAGGCCUCUCCUGUGAGCAGCAGCGUCAACGGUGAUGCUACUUCAGAACCAAAGCGUAACCCCCUCCCCAACACUUUUGCUUUGGGUCCUCCUCCUGCUAAACCUAACCGACCCCCCAAAGUCAACCUGGAGAACUUUAAACGAGGUGCUGAGGCCUCCAAUGAUGGUAAGUCAGACUUGGUUAACGGCUGUAGAACAACUGAUGCCAUCCCACCGCGACAUCCGGAAACCAUGGACCAGCAGGACGAUGUAUACGAUGACGUUGAUGAACGGAGCAGCGCUCCUCCGCCCCCUCCACCACCAUCUUCAGGUCACCCGAGUAUGAGGGCAAAGGAGGAAAAUGAUGAAGACGACGAUGAUGGAGAGAUGUAUGAGGACCUUGAUGAACGAUGGGAAGCGGCUGAACAAAAACAAGACAAGAAGAAGGAGAAAGAGGAGAAGGAGGAGAAGAAAAGACUGGAGACGGAGAAGAAGGAGCAGAAGGAACGUGAGAAGAAAGAGCAAGACGCUCGAAAGAAAUUCAAAUUGUCUGGACCGAUAGAAGUCAUUCACCAGGGAAAGGCCCGUGUUGACUGCAGAGGCGGCAAGACUGACCUGGCUCUGAAGCAGGGAGACAGUCUGGACAUCAUCCGUGUGCAGGGCAACCCAGAGGGGAAAUGGUUGGGACGGUCGCAGGACGGAUCAAUUGGCUAUGUGAAGACCACUUCAGUGGAAAUCGACUUUAACACGCUGAAGAAGCGUCAGGUUCAACAGGCGUAUGAUCCUGAGGUCUACGAUGACAUCGAUGUGGUCUCUGAUAACAGUGGUAUCAAAGGACCAGGAGUCGUCCUGCCCCCGCUGCCGGGAGAGGGAGGAGAAAUAUACGAUGACGUUGUCGAUCUGAACCUGGAAGUCAGCUCCCCAGAGCCCAGGUCCUCUCCUACAAAGCCCCUUGGCUUCCUGCGGAUGUUUGACCGAAACAGACGUCUUGCCAGCACUAAAGUAGUGCCUCCACCCAGCCAGUUUACUUCAGACGGGAACUCAGAUCAGCAGGGAGCAGCAAUCGAUGAGGAGAUAUACGAUGAUGUUGACUCUCAAAAUGUGCCACCCCCUCCUCCCAUAAGCAGCCUUCCGGUCAUUAGAGGCAAAAGCAGGUCUGAAGAUAUGGACCCAAAGAAGCAGAAAAAGUUUGAGAAAGAGGAGAAGGAAUUCAGGAAAAAGUUUAAGUAUGAAGGGGAGGUACAGGUGCUGUACCAGGUGACCAUCACUAACACACUUAACAAUAAGAAGUGGAGCGCCAAAGAGCUGCCGCUGAAAGCAGGCGAGAGACUCGACGUCAUUGUGAAAGCUGUGGACAACAAACUGAUAUGUCGAAACGACGACGGCAAGUUUGGUUAUGUUUCGACCUCCCACAUCGCUACAGACGAUGGAGAUAUCUAUGAUGACAUUGGAGAUGACUGCAUCUAUGACAACGAUUAAGAGACAUCCUGCACUGGCCCGAUUGUUUUACACCAAUUUUGCUCAUUUUUGUUAUUUAUUAUGAUUGUUGAUACCCACUGGGAGUUGCUAUAAGUUAGCUGGAUAGUCAGACUGAUUUGCCAUAAGAGUUGUAAUCGGCAAUUCAAACAUCUGGAGUCAGGCUGGCUUAAAGUCCUCUGAACAAUGCAAUGUUUUUUUUAAGUUGCUCCAAAACAAACUGCUAAACAAACUAUGUAAAGUUGUGAUAUUACUUGAAGGACCUUGAAGCGGGAAACAUUUGUUGGAACAACAGUAUUUGAAUAUUUCUGUUUAUCUUCUCAUUCUCAUUGAAAACCUCCACAGCACUGUAUUUAUAUGUAGACUUCUACAGUUUAGCAACAUUAUUAGAACAGCUACAGUACAUGCUAAAGCUACGAUAUAAUUUUUUUUCAAUUUACCGCCUAACUGAAGUCAACAGUAAUGCUACCUGUAAUGAAUUUAUGUGCCUCUAUGCAAGUCAACAUGCAGAAAAAACAACUGUUUUAGGUAGAAAUGGCUUCUUAAUACUGUACAUAAAAUUAUGAAAUACAUGUAAAUUGUGUUAGAUUUUUCAUAGCUUGUCCUGUUGUUAAGGUAAGAGUGUGUCUGCUAUAAAGAGAAUAAAGAGAAUGCUUCUGUUCCAUAAAGACA